GACAGUAGCCAUUGUAUUUCACUGCAGAUUACAUUAGUUACUUCUGAUGUGCACUGUGGACUGGUAUUACCUGCGUUCUCUGUUCCUCACGUACAUCGUCCAGUGUCACGCUGCAGCGUUUGGGUUUGUUGUAUACAUUUCAAUCAGUUCAGCGAAACGAUGACAUUGUAUUGUUUGGUGUGGCUGUUAACGUGGUACAUUAUUUCUGAAAGAACGUUUACUGUAAAAUGUAUGAUUGAUGGUAUUGAAACUGAAAGUCAACUGACAGAGUUUAUCGAUAGCCAAUUGAGAGAAUUUACAGUUAGACUGGAAAGAGCUGCCUUUGAUGUUCAAUCUGCUCACCACAGAACUUAUGACACUCCACAUGAGCGCAAGAAAAGAAGCUCGCUUUAUAGCUAUCCACAUGCUUACACAUACAACACUGGAGCUGGUAACAGAGAAGAGGUAUCAAUUGUUGAUAUUACAACCUUUCAAGAAUAUGGUGUAAAUGAAACUGUGGAUGUGCAAUAUUUUCACUACAAUGGGUUAUAUUGGUUAUCAUGGUCCUCUCCAGAUCCUGGAGCUUCAGCCAUUCACGUUUACGACUACUCUUCAAACGAGUUUAUUUCACUUGCAUUAUUAGAAUAUGGAACAAUUACUAGUGAACCAUUUCUUGUUAAUUCUAAAUGGUUUGAUAAAACAAUGGCCUAUGUGGCUUUUGCAGUUUCCAACGUUGAUCAAAAUUCAGUCACCAUUUUUGGACUUGAUGACAUGACACUGGUUCAACAGCAAGUCAUCGAUUGUGGUAAAGUCGUUGGAAUGAAGUCUAUUACAAUUGGUUCAAAUAUGUACUUAAUGCUGGCUGUUGAGGCAUCUUCUGGUGCACCACAGAUUUCUUCUCUGUACAAAUGGCAUGCCAGAUCUGAGUUGAUGUUCCAUGUGCAGGAUCUAACAGCUGCUGGUGCUGUUGAUGUGGAAGAUUCAAAAUAA